GUUAUGGAAACAUUAUAUUGUAAAUGUGUGAACAUCAAACGUUGUUGCUUUCUAGCCACAUGAUGAGACAGUAAUAAUUUUAACACGAUGCAUCUGCAGCAUUGAGCAACUCUAGCCAUGGCUUCUAGAACCACCAUCAUCACACUCAAGCUCUCUUUCCUCUUGAGUUUCCUUCUCUUAGUUUCAGUGUUGAGUGUGAGAGUGAGAGGGUCAAUUCCUCCAACAUGCAAGCGCAUAGAGUGUCCCACCCAUGAUGUCAUUGAAGUUGGUCAUGGCUAUGAAAUCCGCCACUAUCAUAAUUCUACUCUCUGGAUGUCAACUUCUCCCAUUCAAAACAUUUCUCUUGUUCAAGCCACGAGAACUGGCUUUAGGAGGCUAUUUGAUUACAUUCAGGGCAAGAACAACUACAAGCAAAAAAUUGAGAUGACAGCACCUGUGAUCACAGAAGUUUCACCUGGUGAUGGACCCUUUUGUGAAUCCUCCUUUGUUGUCAGUUUCUUUGUGCCAAAAGAGAACCAAGCAAACCCUCCUCCUGCAAAGGGUCUCCAUGUCCAAAGAUGGAACAGUGUGUAUGUAGCAGCAAGACAAUUUGGUGGAUAUGUAAAUGAUUCAAACGUUGGUGUGGAAGCUGCUGCAUUGAGAGCUAGAAUUGCAGGCACUAGUUGGUCUCGUGCCAUUGACAAAAGCCACAAAGAUGGUCGUGCUUCUGUUUACACUGUGGCACAAUAUAAUGACCCUCUUGAAUAUGAUCAUAGGGUGAACGAGAUAUGGUUCUUGUUUGACAUGGAAAGUGAGAGGCAUGCAAUGUGAAAUGUGUGAGAGGACAAGAACUGUUUUCACCAUUUUAUAUAGCUUGUAAACUUUCUACAAGAAAGCUAUGAGCAGAUCACAGUUUGAGGGUUAGAGCAUCUGAUAUUGAUAAAAUAAAGUGUUGAAGAUUUGCUUUAGCCAUAUGGUCUUUGAUUGAAUAAUACUUUGCAUCGCUAGUUUUAUAGUGUGUUUAGAUUUCAGUUUAA